GUUCAAGUUCGUGCGACACGCGCGCGUCAAGUAGAAACGCGGUCACGUGCCUUUAGGUCAGCUUCUGAACUCGUCAGCACUGAGCACACCAGUGGUACCGUACUGCAGGGCCUAUACUAAAGCACUUACAAUCAGUUGCCUCGUACUACCAUGUCGCUCGUGCUUGCCGUCAAUGCUGGCUCGUCUUCGCUUAAGAUUUCACUCUUCCGCCGUUCUGCUGAUAAUGCCGCGAACCCAGUAUUACUCCUAUCCUCGACCACAUCAUCCAUAUUUGCCCCUCCAGCCAAGUUCAAGUUCAGUCCUGUCGCAAUUCAACACAGUUCGUUGAACGAAGAAGUCGACUCAAUCCAUGACCAUCCGUCGGCAUUUUCGUACUUCCUGGAUCGCCUCAAGGAAGAAGCGAGCGUUGACCCAACUGACAUUAAGCACGUUGCACAUCGUGUAGUGCACGGUGGUGACUACACAAGCCCUGUCAUAAUAUCUGAAGAAUCCUAUCACCACAUCGAAAGAUUGUCCAACCUUGCUCCUUUGCACAAUGGAUCCGCUCUUUCCGUCAUUCAGUCGGCCAUCAGGGCCCUUCCGCACGCGAAAUCCGUCGCAUUUUUUGACAGUGCAUUCCACAAAGAUCUCCCGAUUCAUGUAGCUUCCUAUGCGAUCAAUCAGGUGGUAGCACAAGAGAAGGGAUUGAAGAAAUACGGUUUCCAUGGUUUAAGCUAUGCGUUCAUAUUGCGGGCAGUAGCUGCGCAGCUUAACAAGGCUCCGGAAACUCUAAACAUCAUCGCUCUUCACCUCGGUUCGGGGGCUUCCAUGUGCGCCAUCCGCAAUGGCCAGUCCAUCGAUACGAGUAUGGGGUUCACCCCACUCAGUGGGCUACCUGGAGCUACGCGUGCUGGUGAUAUAGACGCGAGCCUAAUUUUCCACUACACCAAUCGUUCUCCGGCGUGUAUGAGCCACGUUUCAAAGGAAGUUAAAGUGACAGAAGCUGAGGACGUCCUUAACUUCAAGUCGGGCUGGAAGGCACUUACCGGCACAACCGAUUUCAAAGAAAUCACGGAGAAGGCAGACACGAGUACACUUUCUGAUCCCAUGUCUCGCACCACAGACCCAUAUACGCUUGCGUUCCGCAUCAUGCUAGAUCGCAUACUCCAUUUUUCCGGGGCAUAUCAUCUGGCUCUCCACGGAAAAGUUGAUGCCUUGGUUUUUGCGGGAGGCGUGGGAGAACGGAGCGUUGAGUUGAGACGUGCCGUUGGAGAAGCUGUCGCGUGCCUUGGGUUUGCGGCGAUCGACGAGACGAAAAACACCCAAGUGAAUGAUGACGAAGGCAUCGUUGUGGACAUCGGGAAGAGUGACAGGGGGAUGAGGAUGUUGGUUUGUCGUACUGACGAGCAGCUCGAGAUGGCAAGAGAAUGUUCUCUCACACAAGAAUUCUGGGUUUAGAAAUUUGCAGGGUCGUUUGAAGCCGUUUAUAAAUUGCAAUUGAUGGAACUUGUUUUUCAAAGUGGAACCCAGUGGAAAUGCAAGGUUGAACGUUCUCCCCAUGCCACAGGACGAUCACGAGCCGCUUUACGAUGUCUGCACUUAUUACCGGCGGAUCGAGGUCGAAGCCUCGUCUCUCAACGAAAGCCCCAAAGCAGGUCACACACCAACUGACCACCCGCGGAGUACGAGGUGGCAUCGAGAACCGAUUCCUACUUAGUCUUCCCUAGGUGGACCAAUAGAAGGAAGAUGGUCGUUUACCCGAUCCCAGACCCAGACAAGUCAACAGUAGCAUAUGCACUUGUCACAUCUGC